GUCAUAUUCAUCAGCCUAUAUAUCACAGCACUGGCACUCUAUGUCUACCGAAACCGGGAAACACUUGACGCCAAACGGCUUAUAUAUCACGACAAGAGAUGGAAAGGACUGCUAUAUAUGAUAAUCAUGUUAUGGGAAGCGCAUGGAUAUUACUGGCACGGGUAUGAAGUGGACGGCCUACACAGGAUACCCAAGGAGGGUCCGGCGCUCAUAGUCUACUACCACGGGUGCAUACCUUUGGAUCACUUCUAUCUGAUGACCAAAAUAAUACUCUACAAGAAACGAUUCAUACGAUCGGUGGGCGACCACUUCCUAUUCAUGGUGCCCGGCUCCAAGACCCUGAUGAAAGAGCUACACGUGCUCGCCGGGCCAGUAGACGAGUGCGUGAAACUGCUCAACGAGGGCAACCUGUUGUCGAUAGCGCCGGGAGGCUGUAGGGAAGGACUGUUUGGCGAUAACCGCUAUAAACUGAUGUGGAAUAAUAGGAUAGGCUUCGCAAAAGUGGCCGUUGAGGCGAAAGUG